AGAACAGUACGGGACGACGCCGAAUUUUCCCUUCAGAGCUGAGCUAUUUUUGGUGUUAGUCUCCUUUUUCGGAGACUUGAAUGAGCUGUAACCCAAGAUGCCUCUAAAUGAUGAGCGACCCACCUCCACAUCCAGCAGUGAGGACCAAGGCAGUGAUGUGGAGUCGUCAUCAGAGCGCUGUGACAGCAUGACGUCGACCAGCGACCUGGACUGCUCCCGUGAAAGCUUCACUAGCGACUGCUCCAGCAAGCAUUGCUCGCCCUCCUCGAGCCCACCCAAAACCUUAACCCUGGAUGAAGUCAUGGAGUCUGUCUCAGAUGUCUCCAAUCUCAGCCUUACCCAUGAGAUCAUUGUUAACCACAACUUCCGUCUAGAGCCAGACAGACUACCUCAGAACAGUUUAUGGAAGGUAGUUAGAGAUAAUCUCCACAAGGCCUUCUGGGACAUCCUGGAGUCGGAGCUGAACGAUGACCCGCCUGAGUAUGGCCAAGCCAUCAGACUAUUGCAGGAGAUCAGAGAGAUCUUACUGUCAUUCCUUAAUCCUGGUGCCAAUCGAAUGAGGACCCAGAUCAUGGAGGUGCUGGACAUGGACCUGAUUCGUCAGCAGGCUGACAACGAUGCUGUAGACAUCCAGGGCCUUUCCUCUUUCAUUAUCACCACCAUGGGCAAGAUGUGUGCACCGGUGAGGGAUGAGGACAUUAAGAAGCUGCGAGAAAACACAGAUAAUAUUGUGACACUGUUCAGGGAGAUCUUCCGUGUGCUGGACCUGAUGAAGAUGGAUAUGGCCAACUUUACAAUUGAUAACCUGCGGCCUGUGCUGCAGAGACAGAGUGUUGAAUAUGAAAGGGCAAACUUCCAGAGCAUCCUGGAAAAAACGCCCAAUGCUUUGAACCACACAACCGCCUGGAUUAAGUCAGCCCAGGAGGAGCUGAUGUCGGCCAACAUCCCCACAGAAAAGACUCAGGGGAAAGGACAGCGACCUGUGCCUGGGCCUUUCCAGAUCCUACAAACUGCUUUCCUCCGUAUCCUCACAUGGGACUACAAUAAGAGCCCACUGCCUGAGACCUGGAUAACAGACGAGAUGCGUCUGAAAGAGAUUCAGUUGAAGCUCCAGCAAUGUCAGGCAGUGAAUGAGGUGCUGCUCAUUGUCUACAGCACCAUCGGAGGGCCUAUCCAGGGUCUGCCCUCCCUGUCUGACCGCCUGAAGAGGAUGACCAGUGUGCUGUUGGAUGGGAUGCACAGACCGAACUUUAACCUGAAAGAGGCACUUGAGGGCAUUAGUGCUCAGAUCUGCUGUGAGCUCAACAAGUCUUUAACAGAGAGAAACUACCCUGCACUGACCCCGGCACUGCAGGCCACUCUCGCAGGCCAGAUCUACAGCAUCACCCAGGGGGACAAUCCCAUCCGAACUCUAGUUGAGGAUCGUGUGCAGCAGUACUUCAUGGCGCUCAUCUGUGAUCCUAAACCCCAGGCCAAACUUGAUCAGGUACCAGCUGGCUUGACUGCUAUCAAGCCUGAACUAGCACUGAUGGGAGCAAAGUUCAUCUCUCUGGUCAACUACAACAGGCUUGUCUAUGGACCUUUCUAUGCAGAUAUCAUCAAGAAGCUGAUGUUUGGUAGCAGCCCACCAGCAGCAAACCCUCCUCAGAACACAGCUCACGACUCUGUCACCUCCAAUUAAAACCAAACCUGGGCUCUUGCUGUCUGAGGAGUGUUUUUGCCACUAGAUAUAGCUGAAGCUAAGGAGGUACUACAGUAGCUAGGCAGUACUACUGCUUUGCUCAACCAGUGUACUCCAAUAGUUGGAGUCACCUUCAGUGUAUUAUAAAUGUAGUUUUUAUCACUACAUUUAGCAGUGAAGGCACUGCGGUGUAGGCAUCAUGCGGGCAACAUUUAAUGUGACCCGCGUCCUUUGUGAUAAAUGUUCUAAGACAUGCUCUGCUAUGAACAUUCACAGCUUCAAACCAGAAAACCAGUGUUACAAUGAUUCAUAUCUGAACCUACUAGUGACUGCAUUGUCAAACCCCUGUUUUUAGAGGGAGUCCAUAGGGAAACAAGGGCAAAACCUUAGUAUGUUUAAUACAUACAGUAAGCUUUAUGAAGCAAAGAGGUAUAAAUGUAAAGCCUAUAUAUUAAGAAAAUUAGCAGAGUAGUAUUUAACUAUAGUCACCUAUGACAACUGUUGAACAUACUAAUGCAAAACUAGCCCAUUUCCCAUUGAAUUAGUCCUUUGAUUAUUCUCCUUUCCACUGUUUUAUCAGCCAGGUAACUAUAUUUUGUCUGUUCUUUUUAAUCCACUAAUAUUAUUCUACAGCAAAAAAUAGAAGUAUAAAUGUUUUGGAUUUUGACCUCUCAAAUAAUGAAAUAAGACUUGUCUGCAUGAGUAGCUUUGUGCUGGGAUUUUGUCAUUUUAGUAAUUUGUCAGAGUAUCUGUCAUAUGUUGUUUGUUCUAUACAUUUACUUAUCCUGUUAGUGGAAUACUUGGUAUAUUGGUUUAGUUGCUAUGUUUGUUACAUUUUGAGUUGCUGUAGCUGUUACAGUAUUGUUAUAUUGGCUGUUGAAACCUGUUGGAGAAAGAGAGGUGCUGAAGUCAAAGUGAUUUUGCGUCCAAAAUAUCCAGCGGACCCAAAUAUGCACAAAGAAAAGCAGUUAAGUUAAGUUUACACAAAAUGUGGGAUGUUAUUGUGAACUUCUUCUGUACCACUGUUAAUAUAAUAAAAUUA